CUCAACAAGUACCCCAUUAGUUCAAAUACUCCCACUUUAUCUAACAUUCUUUUAUAUAGUAAUAAAAAAGUUAAGCUAUUUUGGUUGCAGAGAGGGAAAAAAAAAGAAAGAAAGAAAUAAAGUUGGUAAUCGGAAGAUGGCAUCAACGCUGUUGCUGGUAGUGGUUUUUGUGUUUGAUCUGAUUGCUUUUGGACUUGCUGUUGCUGCUGAGCAGAGAAGAGCCACUGCAACUAUCAGGAAAGAUGCAGAGUAUAAUUACUGUGUGUAUGAAUCAGAUAUUGCAACUGGCUUAGGUGUGGGUUCAUUCUUAUUCCUUUUGGCUAGUCAGCUAAUCAUAAUGUUGGCAAGCCGAUGUUUAUGUUGUGGGAGGGCGCUGCGACCAGGAAAGUCAAGAGCAUGGGCUAUUCUUUUAUUUAUCACCUGCUGGGUCACCUUCUUUAUUGCUGAAGUGUGCUUACUGGCGGGUUCCGUUAGGAAUGCCUACCAUACAAAGUAUAGGACUUACUUGACACAACAUCCUCCGUCCUGUGAGGUUUUGAGGAAGGGAGUCUUUGGUGCUGGCGCUGCUUUUAUUGUUUUCACAGGCAUUGUCUCUGAGCUUUUCUAUGUCAGCUACUCCAAGGCAGAUGAAGGAUCCAUUCCUCCUAGAAUGGAUGGUGGCAUAAGGAUGAACGCGUUCAAGUGAACCAAUUGAGGAGAAGGAGACAUUGGUUUUACACUCACAAAACUUUUCGCUGACCAUGAUGUGUGCAAUUAUGAAAAUGUGAUGUUGGUUAUGUGCUAUACAUAACCCUGAUCGGUUGGUGAUUUGCUUCAACUGAGUUAGUGAUUCUAAUUAUGUGUUGUGACUUAUGUGCAUCCUUCAUCAUUAUCCAAAAUUGUUGAGUAGGGAUAUAGAUUUAGAUAGGUAUUUGUGUGCUACUUGUAAGUUCUAUUAUACAAUGUUUUGCUGGGGCCUGAUGAGGAAAAACUGUGAUGUCCACCUUAGAGACAGAUUGAUUCUACUAUUCCUGCUGCCAUUUUCCAUUCUGUGCUAGCAUAUUCAUUACGAUCUUGGUUUUCUUGGACUUC